GUUUGGUUGGUCUUUACCCGGUUUCUCCGUUUGUGAAGGGUUCACCGACGGCACCGGCUCUCCCAUUCCAGCCGACUGUGGCCCAGCGACGGCGUCGGCGACACCACUGCACGGCGGACUCUGCAUAGUGGAGUGACGAGGUGGGGAGAGGCCGCUGCGGUGAGGGGAGAGAAGAGGAGGCCUGCCUCUGCUGCAACGCCACUGCACACCCUGCACCUCCUCCCGCAGCACAACGGACAUCAGCAAAAGGCAGCAACCACAUCCACCUGCCCUCGUCCCCUUGUUUGCAACUUGCAACAGCCCCCCAACGCAGCCAGGGACCUCAAACACACCGACCCGCAAGGCCGUGACCACACCCACACACCGGCGCGACUCGUCAUCCCGUUUGUCUGCACCCGCUUGGUGGUGUCGGGCUCGGCUUGGUCCGUGAGCUGCCAUGGCGCUGCACGGUCCUGCGGCUGGCGAGACGGAUGUGUGUGGAGACGCCAGUUGUGACCGUGACUUGAGCGACGCGGGUUUGCAGGAGGAGAUAGCGGUGUAUGCGGAGGAGCAUUCCGUCAAGGGUGCAGCCAAGAAGUACAACCUGGGGCGUGACGUGGUGCGUGUGUUCCUGGAGAAGCAUCGCAAGGGCUUGUACAAGGCCAGGCCCUGGUACCUCAAAUGGAUCUCAUGCGCACACAGAAACAUCAACGGCGCUCUCCAAUACAUCUCGGUGAGGGGGUGUCAGAGUCAGUCAGAGAGGAGAGAGGAAGGGAAGCCGUGUUUGUGUCUGUGUCGGUGUCUGUGAGUGUGGUGGGGACACCUUUGUUGUGUGUUGUGGUGGUGUGCUGUGCUGUGCUGUGGUGUGUUGUGUUGUGUUGUGUCAGUUUUCCGGUGUGGAGGAGGACGACAAGGCGUUGCGUGACCUCCAGGCCAUCGAGCGGCAGCGGGAGAGGGACCUGCAGGCCAGGGACAAGAAGACCAAGGAAUACAAAGACCCCACACACGCCACACCGUCACCGUCACCGCCGUCGUCACCUGCGCCACCCACAGCCACACCCGGGCAGCCCCGCACAGAAACCGCCAAGCCGUAAGACAAGACCUCACUGACCAGCUUAGCUACUUGCGUUGCCAUGCAUGACACAGCAAAGCCACAAAGCGUAUAUAUGUGUGUUUUGUGUUUUCUGUGUUGCAGUGGAGUUGUGUCUGGCAAGGAUGGUGCCAAGAAGAAGACGCGAAGCAAGGCCACCGGAGCCACCAAGGACGCCACACAGCCCGACGAGUAAGAAAGAGAUGAUUCCAACGUCCACCACACACACACACGUGUGAAUGUCGUUUCCCUCCUUGCCUCUGUGGGCUCGUGUGUGUGUGUGUGUGUGUGUGCAGUGUGUGUACUGGUCGCACCAAGCCCGCCGUGUCCGACGUCUCAACUGCCCCAUCUGUGCCCGCAAAAGGUGAACAGAACAAACACUCAGCCCACAACACAGGCAGUGCAGUGCAUCUGUGGUGGCUGCCAUUCAUCUCUAUCUCUCUCUCUCUCUCUCCGUCUGUGUGUGCAGUUGGCAGCCCAUCGCUUUCCUCACACCCGCUCGUUCUCCCAAUGCCCGAAGCUGGCAGGUGCGCAGCACAGCACAGCACACAAAGCACAUACACUUGCCCUGCAGCCAUUAAUGGCUCCAUGCAUGUCUUGGCUGUGAUGUGAAUGUGUGUGUCAGUGGUUCUGACAUGAAUGUGCUUGGGGUCCGUCGGCUGGCCAAGGACUCCUCCGCAUCCACCAAAGACACACUCGACAGUGACGCGACAGACAGGUGGGUGAAGUGAGUCGAUAGAUAUAUCGACCAACACACACACCACACGACACAACACACGUGCAACGGUCCGUCUUUGUCUCCUUCACUCACUCCUCAGUGGCAACGCGAGCAGCGGCCGCCUGCCCCCGUCUGACAGCAGCACCGGGGACUUCACCCCCUCCCCAUCCGACGCACUCAAGGGGGACCACACCGCUGACGACACAUCCGGGGGGGCAUCACCCACCAACACCGACACACUCGGCGGCUGCAGCGCCACCUCUCACACCGGCACCUCCGUGACGGGCUUGUGUGGGAUGAGCCACAGCAGCAACGGCGCCUCCGUGUUGAGCAGUGUCGACAUGAACGCAUUCCCCACAGAGCGGAGCAUCUUGGGCGGCCGUGGUGGGGCCGGCGAGAGCGACGGCAGCUGCGACGUCGUGGUUGGUGCUGAUAGUGGCGUUGUUGGUGUGGACGGUGGUGUUGAGGGCGAGAGGGAGGCCGAUGCAGGUGUGGGUGUGGUGGAGGCGCCCGACCGCACGCCCGUCACUGUGGUGCCCGUGCGUGAGGACAAGAAGGAUGACGUGGCGCCCCCGACCAAGAGCGAUCACAGCAAAGGUACGUACGCUACGCGGCACCUUACCUUCACCCUCACCCACUGUACUGACUGGUGUGUUUGUUGUGCCAGACGGCAAGAGUGUGGCUGUGAGUAGCGCAUCCGUGAGUGUGGCUAGUGCCCCCCACCCGGCCCCUGGCAGCACCGGCGGCGGCAGCCGGCCGCCUCUGUCGGCCACCGAGAAAAGUCUGCUCAAAGUGCAGCGAAAACUCAGAGAAAUCGAAACACUCAUGCAGAGGUAUGUUUGGUUUUAACAGAUCCCCUGACGGACGGACGGCACACACACACGGAGGGAGACGGAUGGAUGGAUGCCUUGUCUCUCUCUCUCUCUCUCUCUCUGUGUCUGUGUGUGUCUGUGUGUGUGUGUGCAGGCGUGUCAGUGGGGUCAGUAUGGAGUCUACUCAGCUGCAGAAGAUCUCGAAACGGCCGCAGCUCCUGGUCGAGGAGGCCACCCUACUCAGUAAUAGGAAUACUGACUGACACCUCACACACAUGCAUUGCAACACCGCCACUCACUCCUUCAUUCACUCACCGUUGGUCUCUCUCUGUGCUGCCUCCCUCCCUCCUUGACUGAUGGAUCAGACGAUUUGCCGUGGGAUUCACUGUUCUGUCGCAACGUUCCCAACGUGCCCAGCCCCCCCACCCGCCCCAUCACACACCCCCACCCCCCUCCCCAGCAGCAGCAGGACACCGACACACCCGAGGCCUCACCUGCGUCGUUCCGCCAACACCUCGCACAGGCACACACAGAGAAAAAGCACGACCACACCGAGCGACAGCAGCAGCCCGCCAAAGCCAAGGUGGCCGAGCAGACCGAGGCGGCCACUUUGGCUGAGGAGAAGGUCGACGGCGCCAAGGACGACGGGCGCGCCGAGGACGACGCUCCGCAGGAGCAGGCAGGAUGUGACGCGGGAGGCAAUUUGUCCAAGGCCGGCGAGGGUGGUGGUGAGGUGGAGGUGGGUGCCGCGUCGUCCUCUGACGGUGCCGCAGGUCCCUGCUGGACGAGCGGCGAAUACGGUCAGGAUGACGACGGCGCACACACAGACACCCUCGGCCAGACCAAAGACAAGAAGGAGGACAAGGCCAAUGAUACUGAUGGGGCGGCGGGUGGCGGUGGUGGUGUAGGUGUAGGUGUUGAGGACGAUUCCGUGUGGCCGUCUCUGUCGGCUGCGGCCAUCCCCCAGGCGCCCAAGACGGAGCGUGGCGUCAGUGUGAGUGAGACGGGGGAGGAGAAGGAGGCCGCCGGGUCGGCCAUUGCGGCCGGGACGGGCGGCAGUGGUGGUGGUGGUGGCAAGGGCGGCAAGGGGCGCAAGACCACACGCAUGAGGCCCCUGACAAGGUUCAACGGAUCGCCGCACCCACGGUAGGUCAGGGAGGCGAGGCGGUAAUCUAAUCCAUCAGCAGAGAGAGGAGCGAUGCAGUCCGGGUGUGAGGUGCGUACUCUGUGUGUGUGUGUGUGUGUCUGUGUGAGUCAGUGCGCUGGUGGAUUCCGGUAGCGUUGUUGGCGAGGGUGAAGGGGCGGGCGGCGACCAGCAGAAGCGCCGCACACGAAACGCAUCCAAUGCGACACCGAGACAGUAAGGAAACCCACAAAAGACAAAACACGACCGACCAGCAUCAUCUCUCUCUGCCCUUCCCCGCUCAUGUAUGUGUCUCAGAGAAUACCGUCCUGCGGUGGUCGCAGAGAGCAAGGGUACCACACCUGCCCACGCCCAGCACUCCGAGUCCGCCCUUGGCACCCACACCCACACCCACACCAAGAAGCCGUCGGGCCGUCGUGAGGAGUACCGACCCGUUGUGCGUAGAGCGAGUGCCGGUGCCACCACUGCUGGUGGCGGUGCUGAUGGGGGCAGUAGUGGUGUUGUUGACACAAAGGACAAGGAGAGGGUGACAGUGGCGAGUUCUACUACUGAGGAGGGCCCCGUCGGCGCGUCGGGCAAGGCCGAGAGGGUGGACACGAUUACCAAGGAGAUUCAGACGCUGCAGGGUAGGCCACGUGCCAAGAACGACGGUCGAGUCAGCUGCGGGCCCUCGCUCAUGGGUGUGGUGUUUGGUGCCUUGGCGUGCGCAGGUUUGUUGAGUGAGUGCGGCCGGUCGCAGUACAAGGUUGAGAAGAAACUCAAGGAAAUCAACGCGCUCGAGGACAGGUACACACACACGGACACGGACACAGAACAGAGGAGGUAGGCAGGCACAUAGAAUGGUCAGACAGACAGACAAGUGAAGUGCGUCUGUUCUGUGUGGCUGUGUGGUCUGGUCUGGUUGUGUUGUGCAGCCUGGCUGCGGGCAAGCACCUGGAGGCCAACCAGAAGAGCAAGAUCGACAGCAAAGAAGAGCUCACACAGAAAAUCCAGGAAACCACUGGUAUCUUGUGUUGCGCGUGACAGACACGCAUCGAAUGACACCCACCCAUCGCCUGUGCGUCUCUCUGUCCGCGUGUGUCACUCAGCGGAGUUCAAGGCGAUCGAGUCGAAGCUGGCCACCCUCAAGAGCACCAAGGCCUCCCUCCAGCGCGACCUCGAGAUCCUCUCCACCCGCCCUCGCCGACCACCCCCACAGCCAUUCUCCGCCUCAUUCGCAGAGGCGCGGCUCUCGCCAAACGCGACCAAGAUUACGCCUGCCCGCCACACACACCCCACCCCAGGCACCGGCACCGGCACCGGCAGCGGCAAACCGCCUCCCCCCACCGUGCCCCCAUCGCCACACAAGCGGACUGUCGGCCGUGGGCUGAUCCCUUUUCAUGUGCCCGACGCGCCGCAGCGGCCCAUGCAGGCUGGGGGCCGUGGCGGCAUGACCGCCAGGAGCGGUGUUCGGCCGGUGAGUGCGCCGCCCGCUCGUGGCGCGUCGAACGAGACGCCCCCGUUGCUCAAGCGUGAGGUGGAGGGUGAGAUGGAGACGGGUGCAGAGGGGGAGAGGGAGGUGGUCGGGGAGAAGAAGGACAAGCCGCAGGCCGCCGUCACCGAUGACGCCGAUGCGGAGGCGAAGAGCCAGAUGAACGACAUGAUACCAGAGAUGCAGUCGGCACAGACGGAUCCGUCUCGCAGCCCGCCCGACGUGUCGCCGCCCAUCUACUCCAACUACCCCAACUACCCGAUGUCCCCGCACGGCGGCCCCUUCAGCCCCCUCGUCGGGCCGCAUCCCUUCCUGCCCCACCCCCAUGGCUACCACCCAAUGCCGCACAUCUACCCCACACCCGGCCCCGGCUAUGGCUAUGGCUACGGCUACGGCCCCCACCAGCAGUAUGGCCGUGGGCCUCUGCGCAGAGGCCGGGGUCGGUACUACGGCGGCCGGGGGCUGCGGGGAAGCGGCCACUGGCACGAGUAUGGCAUGGGCAUGGCCAUGGGCGGCAUGGGUAUGAUGGGCCCACACGAGUACGCUGUUCAAGUUGGUGUGGAUGAGGGCUUGAUGGCGAGCCCACCCCCAGUGCGGCCCCCGGUGCCAUUCUCGGUCGACGUGGCCGCUGCUGCCGACGGAGGCAAGGAGGAGGAGGAGAGUGUCAAGGGGGAAAAUGACGACACAGACAAGGAGGUGAGCACGGCCGAACCUGAGUGCACACGCGUGUGCGCGCGGUUGGGGCUCACGUCCGUUGGUGUCUGCGUCUGAAUGUUCUUAUCCUCAGGUGGAGAAGAAGGAUGGCGAUGGUGACGGCGCGGCGGAUGCGGAUGCUGCUGCUGCUGCUGCUGCUGCAGACUCAACCAAGACAGACAAGGACAAAGACACUGCUGAAGGAGACGGUAGGCACCACACCACACGACACGGCACUGCAUGGCGCGUCAUGAAAUGAUACUUUGCGGUUGUGUCUGACGAGCAGCUCCCGAUAACGACAACUCGCCGGACGACGCGGAUGCCGCCCAAGAGCCGAUUCCCGCGCUGCCGCCAUUCGCAGGUGGCGGGAUGCCUCCUCAGAUGGACUACAGACACCACGUGCCCAACCUACCGCCACCCACCACAAGUGAGGAAGCAUCGAGCUAGGUCUCCUCGCAGGAGGAGAGGUGCGAGGUGGGAGGUGCACUGACUGGUUGUGUGUUAUGUAUGGAUUGUGUGCCAGCAGGUGUGAGCUCGAGUGUGGCCUACUACUACUACGAGCCCCUGCAGCACGCGUGGAUUGAGGUAGGUGGGUGCGGCGAAUUGAUUAAGAGGGAGGGAGGGAGGGAGGCAUAGCAUCCACUCACUGGUGGAAACGAUUGACGGCUGGGCUGUUGUCCUCUCUCUCCCCCUCUCUGCUGUCGUGCUGUGUGCAGGUGCGCCUCCCGCGCCUGUAGGUUCGACCCCCGUCAGUACCCAUCCCAUCGCACACCACCCACCCACGCCUCGUCACGUCACACGACCUUCCGUCUCCACUACACUACACCCCACCCACCACAGCCACCACAGUUCAGUGCGGUGCAUACGUGUGGUGUCUGUCGUGUCAUGCUUUGUCAUCUUCGUUGUGCGUUUUCAUGUCGGGUCCACGGCCCGCCCAUCCAUCCAUCCGUCCACCCAUCCAUCCCGCCAUCACACCACACCCUCUUCUGAUGUGUGUCGUGUCGUCCGUGCUGUGCAUGCGAUGCGUGUGUGUGUGCCUGCC